GAAUGCGACAAUUUAUCCUAGAGGUUUACAGUUCUGUUUAGGAAAAAGUUAUUCAUAAAUCGUUCUGUCAUAAACGUACCGUUUUGGAUAAAUUACGGCAUGUGCACUAACAGCAGCUCUUUAUCGAUUUGUAACGCUGCGGAAAUAACUUACUGAUCUCACUUUGGCGAGUCUUUUCUCAUAGAGCGAGGCUGCAUGGAUGCUUUUUUUCCAGGUUUGUUCUCAUGCGUGAUCGUGAAAUGAUAUCAGGUGGAUUGUAUCGCGUUGGGUAGACCUUCUGGUCUGAUGCCCGGCUGCCGCCAUGUUCACUAAGAAGAAGAAGCCCCGUGUCCAGAUCUCGGCGCCCUCCAACUUCGAGCACCGCGUGCACACAGACUUUGACGAGCAGGAACAGAAGUUUGUGGGGUUGCCGCGGCAAUGGCAGUCUCUGAUCGAGGACACGGCCAAGAGGCCCAAGCCCUUCAUCGACGUUACCAUCAUCACCACGGUGGAGCCCCGCAAGACCAUAGUGCGGGGCAGUAAGAUCGCUGUGGACGGCUCGCUGACAUGGCUGCUGGAUGAGUUUGACACCAUGUCGGUGACCCGCUCCAACUCCCUGAGGCGAGGAAGCCCCCCCAUCCAGCCCCGCAGAGACUCAGGAUCCUCGGGGGGAGGAGGCCAUGAGAACGGGGACCUGGCCCACCGGCCACACCACCACCCAGAUCACUAUGGAGACAUCAGAGACAGGGAGUGGCCCAGGCCGGACCAGUUUGCUGGUGGAGACCCCCGGCUGCCCCAGCGGGUACCACGCUCUCAGAGAGAGGACGGCCGGCCACAGCAGCAUCCCCGGGGUCAGGAGCCAGGCAGCAGGCACCGAGAGAGGGAGCGCCCUGGCCCACCCCCUCCCCCGCCAAAGCCCAGAAACAUGGACCCACAGGACCACCACGACCAGGUAGUCCGCAGGGAAGGGCCCAGCGACAAGAGGCCCAAGUCCAGCUACACGGGCAGGGACGGCAGCCCCCAGUCGCCCCGGGAUAAGAGGCCUCUCUCGGGGCCCAACAUCCGUAUGCCUAACCUGCCUGUCACAGAGGAGGUGAUCAAGACAGCACAGCAGAGCAGCAGGCCGUUCAACACCUACCCUCGCGCUGACAGUGAAGGAGGAAGGAGCCCCCCCAGCCAGGAGCUGAAGCCAGCCCGACCACACGAAGCUCCGCCACACAACGGUCCCUCUAGUGCCCCCAGCCGAGGCGAGGGCAAAGCUCCACAGAAGGGCCAGCUACGAGGGGACCCCCACCACACCUCCCACCCUGUCCUGGGCCCUGAGCCCCCCCAUGGCCACCAGCAGCAGAAGGCUCCUGUUCCCCGCCCCCCGGCCCCUGCCCUACCACCACAGCAGGCCCUCUCGCCCCAGAGGGAGCCCCAGCGGGUGUCCCAUGAGCAGUUCCGCGCCGCGCUGCAGAUGGUGGUGGACCCAGGAGACCCACGCACUUACCUGGACCACUACAUCAAGAUCGGAGAGGGCUCCACCGGCAUUGUAUGCAUUGCCACCAUCAAGAGCACCGGCAAACUGGUGGCCGUCAAGAAGAUGGACCUGCGCAAGCAGCAGCGCCGGGAGCUGCUAUUCAAUGAGGUGGUGAUCAUGCGGGACUAUCACCAUGACAAUGUGGUGGAGAUGUACAACAGCUACCUGGUGGGAGAUGAACUCUGGGUCGUCAUGGAGUUCCUGGAGGGAGGGGCUCUAACUGACAUCGUCACACACACCAGGAUGAACGAGGAGCAGAUAGCCACAGUGUGUCUGUCUGUGCUGAAGGCUCUGUCAGUGCUGCACACCCAGGGUGUCAUCCACAGGGACAUCAAGAGUGACUCCAUCCUGCUCACCCACGACGGCAGAGUGAAGCUUUCAGACUUUGGCUUCUGCGCCCAGGUGUCUAAAGAGGUCCAGCGGCGCAAGUCCCUGGUGGGCACACCUUACUGGAUGGCCCCGGAGCUCAUCUCACGACUGCCCUAUGGGCCUGAGGUGGACAUCUGGUCCUUGGGGGUGAUGGUGAUCGAGAUGGUGGACGGAGAGCCCCCCUAUUUCAAUGAGCCCCCCCUCAAAGCUAUGAAGAUGAUCCGUGACAACCUACCACCCAAACUCAAGAACUUACACAAGGUUUCUCCUCUCCUCAAGGGCUUCCUGGACAAAUUGCUGGUGCGAGACCCCACACAGAGGGCCACAGCCAACGAGCUGCUCAAGCACCCCUUCCUGAGCAAGGCUGGCCCGCCCUCCUGCAUUGUGCCUCUCAUGAGGCAGAACCGCAUGAGAUGAGAGCAGGCGGAGGCCUCUCCCCCACUAAGUGGUAGUGUCACAUGGACCCUCAACCCCCCCCAAGCUCACACCUCGGACUCACACUUAUCUAGAGCGAGGGGGGGAGGCCAGCGGAGAAACACUGCCCAGCUCAUAUUAGCAUUUUUACUGGUCAAGCAUUUUUUAAAGAACCUUUUGAAAUGAAAAGGAACUCUGUCUGUCCCUUUUCCUGUGGGAGAAAACAGUUUGACACUAGAAGGAUUUAUAGCUUGAGCGGUUUGGUGCAGAAUGAGGCUUGGAAAGUGCUGUGGGAUCAUUAGACCAUAAGCUGCCUGCUGGGGAGACUCACAAAAAGCACUGUUAGCAUCCUAGCUGAAUGGUCUGAACCAUGCUUCCUCACUACAGGACUUCCUCACUACAUGGCCCACACUCAACUCUAUUCCAAUAGACAGGACAUCAUAAACUACUACUGAAAGAGGACCAUGCUUUUCUCUUACCACAUGAUGCAUACAAUUAUUUUUUAAAUGAAAAUAAACACUUGGUUCCUGUUACAAACACUAAGCAAAGGUAAACACUGGAGUUGUGUUUUUCAGAUGAUUUUCUUUUCUUUAUUUUUCUUGUGUAAGUAUAAUGAAUAUAGAUAUCCUCUUUGUUUUCUC